AUGUCAAAUAACUUGUGUGCAGAUGGCACAGAAUUGUUAAUCAAAACUGAAGUUACCACAUCGGAUGAAGCGACGGAUUUGCACUUGAACCAGAAGUGUUUUACUGUUCAUGAAGCGAAUGGGACAUAUGAAUGUUGUGGCAAAAUACCUGAUGAUUUAUUCGAGGCAGACGAAAAUCCAAUUGCAAUCAAAUCAGAGUACGAAGAUGGCGAUGAGCAGCAUCAGCUGCAAACAACGAAUGGUAUUUUGGGACAGGAUAAACUCAAAAGCCAUCGCAAAAACAUAAAGCACCAAUGCCCACAUUGUUACGCAUCAUUUCCAGCUUUAAGUAAGUUAAAGAAUCACAUACGGAGGCACACUGAGGAAAGGCCAUACAAGUGUAAGUUCUGCGACAAAGCGUUCAGGGCAUCAAACGAUCUAGUAAAACAUUCGAUAAUACACAAUAAGGACCAACAUCAUCAGUGUCCUCAUUGUUCAUCAAGUUUCGCACGCUUAUCUAGCCUGAAGAUCCAUAUCCGCACUCACACCGGCGAAAGGCCAUACCAGUGUAAAGUCUGUGACAAAGCGUUCCAUUCGUUGAACAAUUUGGCACAACAUUCGAAAAUCCACAACAGGGACGAACACCAUCAAUGUCCUCAUUGUACUGUCACGUUUCCACGGUUAACCGUAUUAACGGAUCACAUUCGUACUCAUACCGGCGAAAAGCCGUUUGUAUGUAAAAUAUGUAACAAAGCGUUCCCUUCAUCAAACGCACUAUCGCAUCAUUUGAAAAUCCAUAAGGAUGAACAGCAUCAGUGUCCUUAUUGUUCAUCAAUGUUCGCAAAGGCAUCUGGCCUGAGGAAUCACAUUAGCACUCAUACCGGCGAAAGUAUAUUCCAGUGUAAAGUCUGUGACAAAGUGUUCACAUCAUCAAAUAAUCUGGCAAAACAUUCGAAAAUUCACAAUAAGGGCGAAAGGAUAUACCAAUGUAAAAUCUGUGACAAAGCCUUCCAUUCAAAAACCAAUCUGACACAACACUCGAAAAUUCAUAAUAAGGACCAACAGCAUCAGUGUCCUCAUUGUUCAGCAAUGUUCGCAAAGACAGCUAGCCUAAAGAUCCAUAUCCGCACUCACACUGGCGAAAAGCCGUACAAGUGUAAAGUAUGUGACAAAGCGUUCCAUUCGUUAAGCAAUCAUGCAAAACAUUCGAAAAUUCACAAGAAGGGUGAAACUCAUUAAUUUCUUCGUUGUUCAUUCAAGUUUUGGUUAGAAUAAGUUUCAAUUUUGUAUCUUUGAAUACUAAAAUGUAUGAAUUCGGCGAUAGCAGUUAGCAAAAGUUCACAACCC